AUGGCUGGGAGGCAGGCCAAAAAUGAAUUGCAACAUAUUCAGCCCCAAGACCUAAAAUUGAUAAGAAACAAAAAAAAAUCAAAAGGCGCCUCUACAAAGGGCCACAAAAAGCCCAAAGUUAUUGAAGCAGACCUUGGGGUUGAUACAUCUGAAAGUGAAGAUGAACAAGAAUCAAUUGAUGAUACAGCAGGAAAUGCUUCUUCAAAGUCGAUUUUAAGUCAACCCUCCGAACCUGAACUGGAAGAUGGCUCUCCCACGAACAGUAAAGACGAAAAGGAUGCCGAAGUGAAACCGAAAAAGCGCUUUCCAGGUCCAGAGCACUCCAUUUUUAUUGGAAAUCUUCCAACUACAGUGAAAAAGUCAACGAUGAAAACAUUGUUCAAACAAUUCGGCACAAUACUAACCAUUCGUUUCCGUUCCAACGAAGGCGUUACAUUGUUCAAAAAAAAAAAAAAGAAUAAGAAAGAAUCGUAGGCACUAAAUUGUUAUGUACGUUUCGAGACCAGAGAAAAAGCAUGCUGUAUGAACGGUGAAUCGGUAGAAGGAAAUCGUAUCAGCGUAUCAUUGCACUCGCAAAAACAAGCUGGACAUAUCACGUCCACGGUAUUUGUUGGUAACAUCCAUAGAAAGACAACCGAUAAUGAAUUAUACGAUUUCUUCAGUCGAGUUGGUGAUAUCGAAUACGUGCGUCAAAUCGCUGACAGAUGUAUAGGAUAUGUCUGUUUCAAAAAAGGUGUUUCGAUCGCGAAAGCACUGAAAAUGAAUCAACAAUUGCUUAAUGGGCGUCCAUUGCGCAUUAUGAAGGUCGUUCCUAGUCUACAAUCCAAACGACGUAAUAAGAAAGGGAAUCUUGUCAGCAAACAAAAAGUAUUGACCAGUACAACUAAAAAUCCUCCGAAAGCGAACACUGAUAACAAGAAGAAGAUUUUGCAACAAGAAUUCCAUGGAACGGUGGCGAAAAACAAAAACAGGGAAAACGCCCAAAAGAAAAAAUCGAGCUUCGAGAAGAAGAAAAAGAUACUCGCAAAAAACAGGAGCGAUGAGAAGCAAUGA